CAUGCUGUGAGACUUUGAGAGCGAGCGAGCAGCUCGCGUGUUGGGCCGGCCCACGCGAGUGUGACGCGUCAGCCAUUCCACCCUCUCCCGCAGACCCGCACACACAUCACAUCCAGACCUAGCCACCAACGGUUACCAUGGCAGCAUCGCCGCCGCGCCGCCGCGCCUCGCCGCCGUCGAUCCCGGACGAGCUAUUCGAAGAGAUCCUCCUCCGCCUCCCACCCGACGACCCCGCCUGCCUCCUCCGCGCCUCCCUCGUCUGCAAGGCCUGGAGCCACACCGUCUCCAGCCCCAGAUUCCGCCGCCGCCUCCACGAGCUCCACCCCACACCCCCCGUGCUCGGCGUCCUCCACAACUGGGAAUACGACGCCAUCCCCCGAUUCAUCCACACCACCGCAUCGUCCUUCUCCCUCGCCGCCCCGGACUCUCGCUCCUGGCGUGCCCUUGACUACCGCCACGGCCGCGCCCUCUUCCUCUCCAAGGGCCAGGACGCCGAGGAGCUCCUUGUGUGGGGGCCAAUCACGGGCGCCCAGCAGCGCGUACCGGUGCCCGCGGCGUUCCAGGGCGACUACCCGACGGCUGCCGUGUUCUGCGCAAUGGACGGGUGCGGCCACCGCGACUGCUUCGGGGGCCCUUUUCGGGUGGUCUUCGUCUUCUGUGUCGAUGAAGAAGACGCUGAGCUGGAUCCGUUUCUCACGUCGGCCGCCGUGUACUCGUCGGAGACCGGCAUGUGGGGCGAGCUGACCUCGAUGCACGGUGAGUUCGUGAUGUACUUCGAAUUUUAUUCCAGCGUGCUCAUUGGAAGGUCACUCUACUUCUUGUCCGACGGUGGGUUGAUCCUGGAGUAUGAUUUAGUGAGGCACGGGCUGACUGUGUUCAACACACCUCAUUGCCAACCCGAUUACAUGUCUGAUGAUGAUGGGUUUGACUAUAGAUAUAACCUAAUGCUGGCGGAGGGGGGUGCACUGGGUGUUAGUCAAGAAUUGGGUCAGCGUCUCAAAUUGUGGACAAAAGAGCCAAGUUACGGCACUUAUGCGAUAUGGGUACUUAGCCGGGUCAUCAACUUGAAUAUGUUGCUUCCAAAUGAUGCUCUCGUGGAUGCAACAAAUUCGGUGCAAGUGUUGGGCUUUGCUCAGGAAGCAAAUGUCAUUUUCGUGGUGACGGUUGCUGGCCUCUUCUCAAUUGAGCUGCAAUCCAAGCGGGUGAGUAAGGUGUGCGGUCAUCGUGGCUUCUGUAAUCUGAUUCCAGUUGUCAGCUUCUACACUCCACAUGCUAGGCUCGAAGCACUCAUGGGGCGAACACCAUGACCCACCGCCGUGGCUGAACCCAACUCAGGCGAUCUCUGCUGAACCUUCUCCAAAGAGGACUGAUGGCAGAUGAUUCGCCAUCCGUGAAAUGGUAGCAGCUAGAUGGAAGUUCAGAAUUUGCCAAGAUAUGCCUAACAACGUCGUCAUGGUUGGGCCCGGAGGUGAUCUGGCCAUGGCACCGGCAGCUCAGCCGGAGGUGCAAGAGAAAGAGAUGGACGGAUCUGCUCCGCUGCCUAGCAACUUCUUCCACAAUGUGGAACAAGAAUUCCCUAGCUUAUAUCAAGUGGUUGUGCCGGAGGAGGAAGCCGCCAGGUUCGCACAUAGCAUCACCGCAGAGGGGAACGACAAACACCACUGGAUGGAGGAGGGAACGCAGCCAGACCCAGAGCCUGAGGAGCCGGCCGCCGACGAGUUCAUCUACGGCUUGCCUUGUCCACACUUCUCACCUGAGAUGAUCCGAAUGUGCAGCAGGAUGCUGUGGCCUCACCUACAUCCUUGUCCGCCAUCUUCUCCGGCCUCUAGUACAUACCAUCAGCUUAAUUCAUUAUAGUUUUGUUGUGCAUUUGUUUGCUCAGUCUGCCAAUUAAUGUUAGAGAUCUGAGCUCGCUUGCAACAAUGUAAUGUGUAAUCUGUAAAUGCAUCUAGUAUUUGCAACAUUCUAGUUUUCUGAUAACUAAUUGUUUAACCUCCAUUCGGAAAGAAAAAGUAUUAAUCGUCACUA